AUGGCCAGCACACUCCUUGCCCUGCUGGCCACGGCGGCCGCGGUGUCGGCGCAGGGGCCCACCAACCCGGCGCCGGCCACAAACUGUGCCGCCCUCAAAGCACCCGCCGUCGGCAAUGCCACCGUCGUCUCGCUGCAAGCGGCGACCCGCAAUGCCGUCCCCGUGCGCGCCACGAACGGCACCCGUCUGUCCGUGUCGCUGUGCGACGUCAACGUCACCCUGACGCACGGCAACGCGCGCGACCGCGUGCGCGUGCAGGUGUGGCUGCCGUUGGGCGGGGGCAGCGAUGGCACCGCGUCGGCGUCCGCGUGGAACGGCCGUUUCCAGGCCACCGGCGGCAGCGGCUUCCAGGCCGGCCUGUUUGACGCGGCCCUGGGCCCGGCCGUGGCCGACGGCUACGCCGCUGCGUCGACCGAUGCCGGCGUGGGCACGACCGGCAGCUUCCCCGUGCAGGCCAACACCACGUCGGCCCUCACGCAGCAGCUCUUCACCAACUUCGCCAGCCUGUCCGUGCACGAGAUGGCCGUCGUGGGCAAGGCCCUCGUCGAGCAGCUGUACGGCAAGCCCGCCGCCCACUCGUACUUUACCGGCUGCUCCACCGGCGGCCGCCAGGGGUACAUGGAGGCCCAGCGCUACCCGGCCGACUUUGACGGCAUCCUGGCGGCCUCGCCCGCCAUCAACUGGGACCGCCUGCUGGCCGCCAUGCUGUGGCCCUUUUCCGCCCUGCAGCAGCAGUUCCCGCUCCAGCCGGACGGCUCCGGAACCGAGGUGCCGCCGUGUGUGCUGGAUGCCUUCCAGAGCGGCGUGGUGAGCGCCUGCGACGCGCUGGAUGGUGUGACCGACGGCAUCGUGACGCAGCCGGGCGCCUGCAAGUUCGACCCGACCACGCUCGUCGGCAAGGCGGUCGCCUGCUCGUCGGCACAACGUGGCGGCGGCGGCGGCGGCGGCAGCCAGCGCGGCCAGAACGGCAGCGCCACGUCCGUCACAAUCACAAAUGCCCAUGCCGCCGUCUUCUCCAAGAUCCUCGCCGGCCCAGCGUCGCCCGACGGCAAGGCCCUGUGGUACGGCCUGCUGCCCGGCGCCUCGCCCACCACGCUCGCGUCCACCACGCAAAACGGCACCGCUCCCUUUUCGCUCGCCGCCACCUGGCUCAACAACUUUGUGCUCGCCCUCAACGACCCCCGGAGCAACUUUUCGUCGUUUGGGGCCUCGAUGCCGGCGGCGCGCAAUCGCCUCGCCAAAAAGAGCACCGACACCACUGCCGUCGCCAAUGUCCAGGCCUACACCAACAUCUUCCAGCAGUCCCAGUCCCUCUUUGACGUCCAGAUCGGCACCGACAACCCGGACCUGCGCGCCUUCCAGGCCGCCGGCGGCAAGCUGCUCUCGUGGCACGGCCUGGCCGACCAGCUCGUGUUCCCCAACGGCACCCUCGACUACCUGCAGCGCACCAUCGACCUGCUCGACGCGAACGCGGUCGACUCGUUUUACCGCGUGUUCGUCGCGCCCGGCGUGCAGCACUGCGGCGGCGGACCGGGUGCCGCGCCGUCGGAUCCCCUGGCGUCGCUCGUGCAGUGGGUCGAGAACAACAAGGCGCCGGACACCUUGCCGGCCAGGAAGGCGGCAGGUGCAGCUUCCAACAGCACCGUCGCCACCAACAGCACCUCGGCCGCCAUCACCCGCAACCUGUGCCGGUACCCGCAGAUGAUGGUCUACGGCGGCAGCGGCGACGGCCGCCAGGCCGACAACUGGAAGUGUGUCGCGGGGCCGAACCAGCAAGUCAUUGCGCAGAAGACGGCCUCCCAGACAACGCCGCUGCUGGCCGUAUCAAGCGGGGCCUCCAAUGCCGUGUCCUUGAAGGCAGUCCCGCAUCUGGCGCACGUUCAAAUUGACACGCUUGUUGCGCAUCCAGCCGCGCCACGCCUCGUAUCGCUCGUCCGCGUGCUCACCUGCCGGCCACGCGGCCAGCUCGUCGGGGCACGUGCCCUUGAGAACCUUGGGCACGCCGUGCCAUGCAAACCGUGCGUGGCCCGACAUGUAGACCGCGUCGCCCGACCGUAUCCGGAUGAGCACGUACGGCUCCUUGUCCGUGCCCUGCUCGGCCGGGCGGCGUUUGCCCUCUUCGAAUUCGGCCGUCGGUGCCGCCAUGAACAGCGCGUCGCAGCCCAUGCUCAGGCUGAUCAGGCCCUUGUCGGUUUCUUCCGAGACAUCCCGGUGGAUCAUCAUCGUGUCGCCCGGCGUGUAAAAGUUGACAAUCGCUGCCUGCGCGUCGGUCUCCGGGAACAGGCCAGCCAGCAGCUGGAUCAAGUCCGGCGGAAAGCUGGGCACCUGCUCCAUGUCGUCUCCACCCGCCGUCUCUGGAUACACCCGGUUGGUCCAGUCGUACUGUCCGCCCAGCGUCACCCAGUGCAGCCGCUUGUCCAGCACCUGCUGGAUCGACAGCGGCCGGUGCACCGACGGGUCUUUGGGCGGGAACGUGCCCGGUCCCUGCAAAACAUCGAUGCUGUGUGCGUUGGCCGGUGGUGGCUCGUAGUGGAGGUGCAUGUUGGUCUGGUGGCGCCGGUCGGCGAGGUCGCGGUGCACCAUGCGGUCCAGCAGGCGUUUCUGCACGCGCAGGGGCACGAGCUUGGGAACAAUCAGGAGGCCGGGGAGGAGAGGGUGGGCGUAUACAGGAUAGUCCGCAUUGGAUUCUCCGUUCUUGCCGUCCUCCUCUUCGUUGUCCUCCAUGUCGCCGUCGACGGGGCUCUUGUCGGCCAGAAACGCAGCAAAGGCUGCCUUGAUACGUGUGGCCGGGAGCGUGCUCACCGGACGGAAGGACGGUCGGCCACUUUGUGCCCCAUCAUCCCCAGCCGGAAUCUCGUCAAUGUCCUUACUCGCCUCGAUGACGGCGACCGUCGACUUGGCAUACUCGGACGGCUGCUCGUGCGCGUCCAACGAGGUAAUGUCGAUGGUCAUAACGGGUAG